AAAAUUUAGGGUUAUGUGUUUUGUAAUUGUUUUUCUGUAUAUGACUUAAAAUAUUUUUAAUAUUAAUGUUACAACGUAAUUUAAAAUAUAUAUAUAUGACGAGAAUAAGAAUAGUACAUCAAUUACUGAUCAGUUUUAAAUAUUAAAUUAAAAUGGAAAAUGAUGAAAGUGUAGGUGCACCCUCCGCUGUAUCCACAAUAAAUGAGACAGACAACUGUGAAGAAACCAAUCCCUAUGCGUAUUUAAAUAGAGAAGAGUUUUCCUCCGAAAAAUUUAAAAUCGAAAUCAAAAAUUUACCAAAGUUUUAUGGAAUCAAUGAAUUUAAGAAACUUGUUAAUGAGAAAUUGAAGUUGGGCUCUAAUAAAGUUAAAAUACCAAGACGAAAUAGCCCAUAUAUUUUUGUCUGCUUUAGAAGCGAAGAAGAUCGUGAAAAUGCUAUUAAAAUAAUCAAUAAAUUUAAAUGGAAAGGAAAAGAACUUUCAGCUUAUAAAGCCAAACCAGCUCCUGAUCCUUUGGUGAAAAAACGUAGAGAUGACCAAGCUUGUGAGAAUGCUCCUAAGAAGUUUAAAACAGAUGAACAAACACAGGAAGAACGUUUGAAAGCAUCUGUUAUUCCUUUAUGGAAUGUACCUUAUGAAGAGCAGUUACAACAGAAACAGGAAAGUAUUCGUCAGGUGUUAUUGAAAUUAGGAAAUAAUUUAUUCCAUCAAAAUUCAUCCCUCAGAGACUGGAUUAAAAAGCAAAAAGAGUGUAACAAUGGUCUAAUUUGUGAAAUGCAUAAUGUAAGACAUUCAAACACUAUUAUAGGAUAUCGAAAUAAAUGUGAAUUUACAAUUGGCAUUGAUCAAGAAACUUCAUUGCCUACAGUGGGUUUUAGAAUAGGUAGUUAUGCUACUGGAGUAACUGGUGUAGCUCCUUUGGAUAAUUUAAACCACAUUCCUGAAUCCAUGAAGAAAUCUGCAAAAGUUUUUCAAGAGUUUGUUCGUUCAUCUAAGUUAAAAGUAUUCAAUCCUGAACUUCAAACUGGUAACUUUAGGCAACUCACAGUACGUUGUGCUGCAGAUCAUUUAAUGCUGGUAGUUGGUAUUCACCCCCAAGACCUCUCAGAAGAAGAAAUUGAGAAAUUCAAGAAAGAUUUGGUCGAUUUCUUUUCGGUCGGACCUGGUAAAGAACUUAAAAUUACUUCACUUUACUAUGAGGCUAUUGUCAAAAAGUGA